CCCCCCUCUCUCUCUCUCCCUCUCUCUCCCUGUCUCUCUCUCUAUCUUUCCCUUUUCUUUCGUGGAGAGCUGAUAUCUCUGGCGGUUUGCCGCAUGGAAGUCGCCCAGGCAAGGCAGAAUCUCAUCUGUCUGAUCCGGACUCCUUCUCUCCAGUUUGCCGACCACUGCACUGAGCAGACACAAACCUCACACUCACACUCACAUUUUACCGGGAUUCAACGGGAUAUAACGGCAUUUAUCCAGCUGACCGACUGACAGGAGAGUCUAAAAACCCCGGCUUCAUUCCUGCAGUGGGAGGAAUGUCUCUUACUCAGAUGUAAAACAAAAAAAGCAGACGUAUACCGGAUCGUCAAGUGCGCAAAAGCCGCAUUUUGAAACAUUACGCACAGCUUAUUCUAUCUCUUUUAUUCCCUUCAUCCUCUGCACGGAACCGGAGGUGUGGGUUGGGGACUUCCACGGUAUGGAGUCCUGAUUUUACCAAGCGACCCACCGGGAGGAAUGAAACUGAGAGAAUCCGUCGCCGUGGUGGAUUAUUAAUAAUCUAAUUCUAACAAUAAUCCAGAGGAUGUUGCCGCAGCAGAGUUUGGGACUCUAGAGAGCAUUCCAACUUUUUUUUUUUCUGUCUCCGUUUUUUAAUCUCUUUUCCCCUCUCUCAUCUUCUUCUUCGCCUGUGGGACUCCUCUAUUUCCGUGACUGAUUUGCAGCGCUUCACUUCUCCAUCAUGGACCGGUCGACGUCUUUGGAUAUAGAGGCGCUCAAGAUGACCCAGGAGCAGUAUAUCCUCGCGGCCCAGCCCAACCCGCUCCACCAGCGGGGGGCGUCGGUGUGCGGCGCCCAGGUUUACCCAGCAGUGGGAAUCUACGGCUGGAGGAAGAGAUGCCUGUACUUCUUCAUCCUCCUCCUCCUCGUCACCAUGAUCGUCAACCUGGCACUGACCAUCUGGAUCCUCAAAGUCAUGAACUUCACUCCGGAUGGAAUGGGGAAUCUGCGGGUGACCAAGGAAGGUGUCAGAUUGGAGGGAGUGUCCGAAUUCUUAUUGCCUCUAUACGUCAAAGAGAUCCAGUCCCGUAGGGACAGUCCAUUGAUCAUCCAGUCAGACAGAAAUGUGACUGUCAAUGCGAGGAAUGAUCAGGGACAACUGACCGGUCAGCUAACCGUGGGUUCAGAAAUGGUAGAAGCUCAGUGUCAGAGGUUUGAGGUGAGGAGUGCAGAUGGCGAGAGAGUUCUGUUCUCCGCAGAUGAAGAGGAGAUCAGCAUCGGCACCGAGAAACUUAGAGUCACAGGGAACGAAGGCGUGGUGUUCAGCCAUUCUGUAGAGACGUCACAUGUACGGGCAGAACCCUUCCAGGACCUGAAGCUGGAGUCGCCGACUCGGACCCUGACGCUGGAGGCCCCCAGAGGGGUGGAGGUCAAUGCUGGGGUGGGAGACUUCACGGCGUCCUGUAGGAAAGACCUGCUCUUGCAGUCCUCAGAAGGAGAGAUCUUUCUAGACGCCAACACCAUCAAGCUGGGCAACAUUCCCCUCGGCAGUGCUGUGGAUCCCCUGGAGGGGGCGCCGGCAGGUACCACCUACACCAAACAGACUGUGUACGAGCUUUGUGCCUGCGCUAACGGCAAGCUCUACCUGUCCCCGGCUGAGAAAGGCUCUACCUGCCAAACCACCAGUAACUUUUGUCUCUGGAGCUGAAAGUGGGAGGUCGACAGACACCCGGGACAUGUGGACUAUUAGAGUUUGAAGCUAAUGCUAGCCAACUGACUGAAUCAUCGUGGAUAACGGCUUGGCGGGAAGCUAAUGCCGUCUAACAGACCGAAUCAACAUGGAUUGUAGCAUGGCGAGAAGUUCCUGUCUGUUAACUAAUCAAAUAAUAUGGAUUACAGCUUGGCAGGAAGCUAACGCGAGCUAACAGACCAAAUUAACACGGACUGUGGCUUGGAGUGAAGCUAAUGCCUGAAUCAACGCGGACUAGAGCUUGGUGAGAAGCUGUUGCCAGCUCACCGACCAAAUUAAUAUGGAUUGGUCAGUUGCUAAUGCCAGUCAAGAGGACGGACGACUUGGUGGGAAGCAAAAAGCCAAGGUUAGCUGGUGGGUAUGAUGCUACUACUGGACGUGGACGGACAGUCUCACUCCGGGGCUCUCGUUGGCUGUCUUUGCCAUUGUUGAAUUGCUGCCAUGACGGUUUCUGAAAGUCACAAGGAUUACAUUCGGGGGUUUCCUGAGGUCAGCAAACUCGCUUACAAUAAAAGUGAGUUGUGUGUUCACUAUGACCAACACGUCCUGGAGAGAACACGCUCCUGCCUUUGUCAGGAUGAACCAAUACGAUGAGGGACUGCUAACGCGCCAGCAGGGACAUGGACAAGGACUCAGUUGGCCAUCAGUGUGGACUUUGGUUUAGCCCUGCGGGUAGCUAACGAAUAAAUCAGACAACGGUUUAGUCUAGUGGGAAGCUAAGGCUAGCUAACGGACCAAUCUAUACCAGAAAGGCCUUCCCCCUCCUCCCCCUCUAGUCUUUCACCCCAAACGUUGACGUGUGACCCUUCUGCAUUAAUCUGCACCUGGUAAUGAAUAUGCUCUCCGACCCCACUUUUUAUAGGAUAACUAAUGCAAAUAAUUGUGCUUCAAUCUUGCAUUUACCAGCUUUUUUCCCCCAUAUGUUUUUUCACAUUUACUUUUAUUUUAGUUCUUUUCUUCUGAUCAAAUAUUGUACUUGUUAUCUCUUUGAAUCCUGUUUUCCCCUUCAACAUCCUCGUAAUCCAUUUUAUUUCCAUGUUUUGCUGCUGCUCUCCUUUAUCCUUCCUCCAUGCUCUAGUUAUUUUUGUUCUGUCUAUGCACCUACAUGCAUUGGACUGGUAAAGAAAACAUCAUCCUGCCUAUCCACUCUCUUCCACCCGUCUGGUUAAAAAACAGAACACAUUGUUAUAUCUGCUUUCUUCCACUGGACUGGUUAAAAAAAAAUCAUUUUUACUAACCGUCAGUCCCAGACGCAGGGUUUCUCCCCCUCGCAGUCCGUUCCCACAGACUCUCUGGAGUCUGUCUUUCUGGGCAUGCGAUGCUCUCUCAUCAGAGACAGAAAGCAAAUGGAAUAAGAAGAGGAAAGUGAGUUAAGUCUUACAUUUAAAUUAAGGCUCAGGUAGGUGCUACAGCGGACCCACCAUUAUAUGGUACGGCGCCAAACCUGGCAGGCAGCAGUCAGGCGACAGCCAGACCAAUUUCGGUCUUGUUAUGGAGCAUUAUACAUCUUCAUCCUGUGUUCCUUGACUUGUCUUCACUCUUUUUGCAUGACCUUUCUGCUCUUCUUGUCAAGCCCUCCUUCUUCUCAGUCAUGUCGGUUCUCUGUGUCACUGAGAAACCUUUCUGCUCUUUACGCUCUCUCUUUUUGUUCCCUUUUGAGCUCCACUUUACUGCAGUAUUUUUACCUCUCAUUACUCCUCUAUUUCCACUCUCUGUUUUCUUUCCAGCAGUUACAUUUCUGAAAAUUUCAUUUAUCUUUUUCUCUCGUCUUUCAUCUCUUACCCAUCACUCACCAAAUGACAUGACUUAACAUUGUCUCCACAUCUUAUUUGUUAUUUCUUCACUCUUUAAAGGUGCAACGUGUAAGAUAUGGCCAGUAUUUUAGUGUAAACAUUACAAAAAUUGACUAACAUUAUCAACAGAUUGUGAAGAGGUUACAGUGUUGACGUUAUGUCAAAGACGUCUAUGUAUUGUGUUGCAGCGAUACUGAAAUGCUAACUGACUAGCCCCGGCCCGAACUUUCUUGUAAUACCACUUGUUCCUCGAGCAGCGUCCAGUCUGCCCUCAGUCCAGAGAACGAAGAGGCAGAGUUGCCCUGAGGGCUUGUCAAUAAUACAUCCGUGGUCCGGUCCAGUUUUAUAGUUUGUUUAUUUGAUUAAUUUCAAAGUGGCAAAAAUGAGAAAACGACUCGCACCCUCGCCUCGUCCUCACCGCCGCCAGGAGGCUGCUUCGCCAGGAGUACGGACGGAGCUUCUGUUAGCAGGUAGCUCAAAUUCAGCCGGUGCAAACCCCAGCUACGGGGGCUCCGAUCCCGGGGGGACUGCCUUGACUCCUCGCCUGAAUAGCAAACUUCUGUGUCUGCCGUUACACAGCUUAG